AUGUCGAGUAAUUGUCUGGUGUUAAAAACUAAAUUUGGAAGUUUGGGUACCAUUAUUGAGGAAGAUCGUGGAGAUGGAGAAACAACUCAUGAAGUGCCUUUGAUUCUACGCCUAACACAACGUGAAACUGAACGGCCACAUGUUACUUGGGCCGACGGCACUAUCGAUAAUGAGCAUCUGGGAAGGAUGAAGAGCAAUUGCUGCUGCAUAUGGGUAAAACCACGUAUCUGGGAUGAUCCAACUACGUGGGAACAGGAUGAAUAUGAAGUUGAGAACUGUCGCGGACAUACUCUUCAAAUGCCACCGCAGCCAAAUGAUACAAAUUCAGAAUCAAUGCAUGUGAAUUGA